AUGUUUUUGACAAGCUACGGGAAAAAUAUUGUCGGAUUUCCUUUGGUUUGCAUCGCUCUUGCCAUGACUUUAAAUGCGAUGCUUCUCAGAAUUAUUGGGUGCGUCAAGCUGAUGCAAGUUUUAUUCAUUGACAACGACACAGAAAAUGUUUUCUGGCUUGUUGUAAUAUCUUCAAUAUUUGGAUCUCUUCUGUUGGCACUAGUUGUAAAAGACACGUUAUACCUUGUGGUACUUGCAGGUUCGGUGACUUGCAACCUGCUUAUUAUAAUCUUCCCUUGUAUCUCCUACCUGAAGUUUAAGAAAUCCAGAAGUGAAUUUAGUUUUGACAUUAUACCGGCUUUCUGCAGCCUUCUAUGGCAUAGCGUAUUGCUGAUUUCUGCACCGUUCGCUCUCUACAUGCUUGAUCCUAGUAUAGGUAUAGGUUGUAGAAAAGUUUUCAACAUUUACUGGAAAUGA